AUGGAUAACACGUCUUAUCCUGUCAUACUGACUCUUAUGGUGCCAAAAGAAACUAAAUCAUAUAGACAUGUAUAUAUUAUUUGCUUUUUUGCCUUAUAUCUACUUAUAUUGACAAUUAAUAUAUAUAUUGUUAUGGUCGUUAUAAUAGAGAAAGCUCUUCAUGAACCAAUGUACAUAUUCUUGUGUCAAAUGUGCAUAAAUGGAGUUUAUGGCGCUUCAGGAUUCUACCCUAAAAUUCUGUCUGAUUUAAUAUUGGAUUCAUAUGUGAUCUCCUCUCCCAUGUGUACUUUACAAUCCUUUGUUAUCUACAGUUCAUUACUUUCUGAGAUCACAAUAUUAACAGUGAUGGCUUAUGAUAGAUACAUAGCCAUAUGCAAACCUUUAGAGUAUCAUUCCAAAUUAACUAAAAACACCUGUGUGAAAUUAAUUCUGUUUUCAUGGAUGGUUUCUAACUCCCUCACAGCUAUAUGUGUCCUGUUAGCAAAAUUGAGACCCUUUUGUAAAUAUCACAUUGACAAAUUAUAUUGUGACAACUGGUCAGUUGUAAAACUGUCUUGUGCAUCAUCUUUUGUUAAUAAUGUCAUUGGACAUUCCAUAGUUGUUUUAUUUUUAAGCUUUAUAUUUUUUAUUAUUGUGUCUUACAUUAAACUGAUAUCUGCAUGUAAAGCAUCUUUAGAAAACAGAAGAAAAUUCUGGCAAACAUGUUUGCCACAUAUAUUUUCACUGAUAAAUUUCACUAUUGCUAUGCUUUUUGAUAUUAUGUAUAGUAGGUAUGGUGCAAAUGAUAUUUCAGAGAGUUUGCGAAAUUUUUUGGCUCUUGAACUGGUGAUAGUUCCACCUGUGUUCAAUCCUCUGAUCUAUGGGUUAAAUAUCAGAGCAGUGCGCAAAAGAGUUUUCACUUUGUGUUGCAUGAGGGUGCCCGCGCCUCGUGCGCUGCCUCAAGUUAAGCCACCCUCCAACCCUUGCCACACGCCGUCAAUGGAUCACAGCAGCCCCUGCGCUCAUCCUCAACUCACCAUCGGGUGCUCGCCACGAGUCUGUCAGUCUCCAUCGCCGCCGCGGGUGAAGGAUUCCUCGCCUCACCGUCCCGCCUCCGAGUCCCGGACUCCACUUCGGCUCAUAGACCCGUUGGCUCCCCCUAUGCUCCUAGCUCCCUCCUCUCCACAAUGCUCCAUCAGGCCACCAGCUCCACAAGGCUCCAUCGUCCCUCCGGCUCCGUCCGUCGCAGCCAACAGUGGAUACUGA